AUGGAGAACAACUUAACUGAAGAUGUCUUUCUUCAAGAGGGCCUCUGCCCGACCAUUGCAGAGCACGCAGCCCAGUGCAGCUCUCUUUUCCAGAGGAAAAUGGCCAUGACAGAUAUCGUACCGGAUCCUACGAUAGUGGAUGACCAGUUGGCACGCUUCACACUCUGGGCGAACAACAUGGAUGUCUAUGGACCACUCAAUGUUUCGCUGGACUACAGACUCCGAUACAGUCCCACAGUUGUUCAGAUUUUACAUCAGCUCCUGGACGUUAUCUGUGAGACUUUAGAUUCUUGUGAAAACACAGAUUCCGAAGUCGCAAGAAGAACCGAUUACUAUGAUUCAAGCGACUCGGAUAGUGAGCUGGAUCACGCAGAAGAGAAUAUUUCGAAAAUCACAAUCACAAUCCACGGCACCGUGACACGACUCUUCCGUCUCUCUAAUGCCGUUCGAAAGUCCGCAAAAGCCAACCGGGCUCGCAAAAUCGAACGAUACAUUGACGAUGAAGAAGCAAAUACCGCUAUAGCUGAGUUACGUCUCUACACAGAAUGCUACAUUCGCUUCCGGUUUCCCGAGGCGCCUGAUUCACUUCGCAAAGUAUUAGUCAAAGCGAAUGAGCUGCGACUUCGACGGCUGUAUUAUCAGCGAUCCCACCGACGGCGCAUUGACUUGAGUAUUCAGAAUCCACAAUUCACCCAAGCUGUUCGUCCACAACUACCCAAGAUGAAGGAGGCGCCGCGUCAGGCUGUGAGUUUUGCUGCGGGCGUAUUCCAAAAGCCUGAGAGGAGCAAUAAACCAUCCGGAACAGCCGAUUUUGUACCAGCGCCAGCGACGAAUGCGACGACGGCUCGACAGACUGCUGUUGGCGCUUUCUACGCGAAGUCUACAACGGAGGUCCCUCGGGCUAAAUCUAUUGUGGUGAACAAUAAACUAUCGUUCCCGCCAAUACCGUCGUCACCAGAAUGCCCGUACUGUGGCGUUAUUAUCGAGCUUGAGACCAGUUCAAGGUCAACGUUGUGGCAAAAUCACGUAAUCGGAGACUUGGAGCCCUUUAUUUGUGUCUUUCCACACUGCUUGGAAGGAAAGCAUGAGUCGAUCGCUCCGCCAACAUUCGAAACGUCAAAAACUUGGAUCAGCCACAUGCAAAACGCUCACGGGCAUGCAUGGGAGUGUAGAGCCCCUUCUCACGCUCCAAUAAUGUUCAAGGAGGAAAUUCAGUACCAAGAGCAUUCGAUCAGAGAGCACGGCGUGCCUGAAACUCAUGCCGGGAUUCUCAGCAGCGCCGCACGAAGGCCGAUUCUCGAUAAGAUGCUGCAAUGCCCCUUUAAUGAUGAUUUCCAGCCCCCAGAGAAAGUCGAGUCGAGUCUCGUCUUUGCGAGCGAAGCUCUGCAGUCACACAUUGCCGGUCAUUUAAAAGAAAUUGCUUUGCUUACAUUACAAAAGCUGCCGAGCGAUGAGGACGAGAACACUGUGAACUUUGAUAGCGACCAACCAUUAGUUAAUGAGGUUGGGCCUGGGUUAGUACAGUUCCGUGGAUCCAUGUACAGUGUACUGGACGACGACGAAGAUCUCGUUUUCCGAGACGACGAUUGCGAUGCUGAGGCAGUGAAUGUCGAUAUGGAUAUCGAAGCUGAAGGUCUUAAUUCAUCAGUAAGAAGACUUGACUUGGAGGAUAAAAACGAGGCAGGAAUGACAACGCUUCACCACGCCGUGCAGACCGGCGAUCUCCAGUUGGCUGAGUCUUUGAUUCAGGGCGGCGCAAACUUGAGAAGCAGAGACAAAAGCGGCAGAACGAUAUUCCACUACGUCUUCGUGGAACAGUCUUUUUACCCUGCUAUCAUAGAUCUUUUGCUCAGCGCCGGCGAUAGAUCGAUUAUGAAUCUCUGCGACGACAACGGUCAAACAGCUUUGCAUUAUGCUGCACAGGUGGGCAACACUGAAGGCAUAAAAAUUCUGACCGACAACGGCGUUGACGCUGAUUCCAUUGACAACUAUGGAUUUACUCCUCUCCUCUGGGCUGUGGUUGCUGGCAAGACCGAGGCCACUGAGAAACUUUUGUCCCUAGGCGCUGGGAGCCCUGACUCAGCUAGUCCGGAUGGAAAGUCUGCGCUGGCUUGGGCAGUCGGUCUGAGUUAUAUAAAUAUUGCUCAAUUGCUUCUGGACCGCGGUGCCAAUCUGUCGAGGACGCUGAAGGGGCCAAUGAUGAUGCCUUUAGACGAAGCUGCUGCUGCAGGCAACCACUUCAUCGUACAUUUGCUCCUCGAAAAGGGCGCAAAUCCAAAUUCUUGUGAUCGAAAUGGCUGGUCUGCCAUACAUUGGGCAGCGGAAGAGGGCCAUCUGGAAGUUGUGCGCUUAUUGUUGGAAGCAGGGGCCAACGUCAAUGCUGUGAGCUCAUAUGGCACGUCAGCGCUGCAUUGUGCUGCCAAUGGAGGGCAUGCUAUUAUCGUGAAGCUGCUUCUUUCACGACGCGCGGACGCGCUCAAGGCAAACUGUCACGGGUGGACUGCACUACAUCAUGCAGCCUACAUGGGCCAUUUUCAAGUUACCCAGUGUCUUCUGGAAGACGAGCGCAUGAAAAUGAAUGCCUCUUAUCAGGACAAUCAUGGCUGGUCCGUUCUUCAUCUGGCUGUUCAUAAUCGAGAUCUGGCUACCAUCAAGGUCCUGCUCGGCAGCGCUGCUAUUGAAGAGCCUCGGGGCUUGUUUGAUGAGAGUGGCCUUACACCAGAAGAAUGGCUUGAUCUUCGGCCAUCAAGCCGUAACUAUAAAGCUAUCUGUAACUUGGCUUUUGGCAAGUCACGCUGUUGCAGAGCCGUCACAGGUUUACGACGAGCUGUGACGAUAAAACAGGCCGUAACCACAGGCAACAUCCCUAUGAUCAAUCUCUUCCUAAGCUUGGGCCAUGAUGUAAACGGCAUGAAUUCUGGAAGAAGGACGGCGCUCUACUACGCUGCAAAGAAGCGUAUGCUUCCCAUCAUGAACCUGCUUCUUGAGCAUGGUGCGGAUCCCAAUAUCCUCCCAGCGGGACGCAAAGCCUGGAAAGAAUUUAUCUCAGAUGAUGAUGUUAUACAACUACUUAAACAAGCCGGGUACAGGCAGCGAGAUCCUGACCGUGAGACAGCGCGCCAGAUCAGGCUUGAAUUCGGUUCCCGAGAUCAAGGAUUCCCUGAUCCUGAUCGCUCAGUUACAUUUGCAAUGGAAGACUCCACACUCUCACCAAAGUCGGAACGAUCUUCCUUCCCCACACCGCAAGACAUGUCAAACAUGUCAAGCUCGGCUCUGUCAUCAAGACAGGCAUCUCUCCCAAAUGACUCGGCUUCAAAUAUACCAACACAGUCAAUGGCAGCGCCCACGCAACAAACAAAGAGCCAGAAUAAGCGCAAAGCGGACUCAUUAGCCCGGCCAGGAGGAGUACUGAAAUUUUGGAAGCGGCUGACAAAAAAAGGCUAA